AAGUCGUCAGUCGCUCGUCGGCGUUCGUCCGUGACUGGCGGCCUGUAGACCUCUCCACUACCAAUAUUUACGGCGACAUUACUCUCGCGAGUUAAAUGAUCAGUACUGUUUACUGAUUAAAUAUUUGCGUCUUAAUUCCUGGCGAAUUUGAAAUGGGAAAAGUUUUUGUUCCACAUGCAUCAUCAGAAACAACCAUUCCGUCUACUUCGGGCCUCCAGACAGCUGCGUGCGACAUGAGAAAGAAUGAGGAGGAUCCCACCAAGGAGAAUGAUGGCUCCAUCGCCGACUGGGUGUCCGGCGGGCCCAUCGGCUCCAAGGGCGCCGUGCUCAUCUUCCGCUCUUGUGUGCUGGCCUCCAGAACCCCCUCAAUGGAAUCGACAACGAAGACGGUGGGCAACAACACGGGAACCAGCAUCCUGCUGAACAAGGCCAAGAACAUGGCUCGCCGGCUGGUGGCGGAGCCGCACGCCUUCACCGUGCGCCCCAAGAACAUCAUGCAUGACGUCAUGGAGACCUUCGGCAACAACGCCAAGAUCCCAGGACAGCAGGCGUACGUGGUGCGGCACGUGAGUUCCUCCGAGGUCCCGGAGACAGUCUCAGUGGAGGAGCAAGGCCACGAGACCCACGAGCACAAGCGGGACAUCGAGGACGUGCUAAACGACCUCAGCAAGAUCACGUUGAAGAAGCACCUCAAUAUUGAGAACACUACAGCAAAUAUCAAGCCGCCCGAAGACCCGCCGCCUCCCUCUAGCAAUAAAGACACAGACAAGAAGGGCAAGAAAGGCAAGGGAAAGAACAAGCGCAAGCAGUCUCAGAUCCAGCGCACGCUGUCGCCCGCGCUCGACAGUGAUGACUCAGAACACAUGCUCGUCAAAGAGGUGGACAGCGUCAAGGCCGCCCAAACGUUUCCACAGGUCCUAGAGUCCCAGAACAUGCCGGCUCGUAUGCUGAAGAUCACGUACAAGCUGGUGAAUACGGAGACGAAGCUGCUGCACCGGCUGCUGCAGGCGCACGGGCUGCAGGAGGCGGCCGCGGACAGCAAGGACUUCAAUCUGCUGUGGGCCGGCCUGCACCCCAAGCCCGAUGUUCUACGUUCAAUGUCUCCGUACCAACGAGUCAACCACUUUCCAAGAUCGUACGAGCUGACCCGAAAGGACAAGUUAUUCAAGAACAUAGAGAAGAUGCAGUACUUCCGCGGACUGAAGCACUUCGACUUCAUCCCCACCACGUUCCUGAUGCCGGCCGAGUACAAGGAGCUGUGCUCCACGCACUACCGCACCAAGGGGCCUUGGAUCGUGAAACCAGCUGCUUCCAGUCGGGGGAGAGGCAUCUAUAUUGUCAACUCGCCCGAACAAAUCCCAAAAGGCGAGAACGUGGUAGUAGCGAAAUACAUCGACAAGCCUCUCCUGAUCGGAGGUCACAAAUGCGACCUCCGUCUAUACGUGUGCGUGACCUCAAUAGACCCCCUACUCAUAUACCUGUACGAAGAAGGUCUGGUGCGGUUCGCCACAGUCAAGUACGAUAAGACCAACAAGAACCUAUGGAACCCAUGCAUGCACCUCUGCAACUACAGCAUCAAUAAAUAUCACACGGAUUAUAUCAAAUGCGAUGACCCAAAUGCCGGAAACAUAGGCCACAAGUGGACGUUAUCGGCGCUGCUCCGCCACCUUCGCAAGCAGGGACGCAACACCACGGCGCUGAUGUCCGCGAUCGAGGACCUGGUGGUCAAGUCCGUGCUGUCCUCAGCUCAGACCAUCACAGCUGCGGCUCGGGUGUUCGUGCCCAACUUCUUCAACUGUUUCGAACUAUUUGGAUACGACAUACUGAUCGACGACAUGUUGAAACCCUGGUUGCUAGAAAUUAACCUGUCUCCAAGCCUAGCCUGCGAGAGCCCGUUAGACGCGCGCGUGAAGUCGGCCCUGGUAGCGGACACGUUGACCCUGGUGGGUCUACCGGCCGUGCCCAUGUGCAAGGCGGAGACCUCCGCGCAGACCAGCUCGCUCAAGAUGAGGAUCGGUGCGUGUCGGCGAGUCCACUCAGCAGAGAACGUGUGCGUCAGAGGAGCGAACAAGGAGAAGGGCGGGUCCGGCGGCUCGGGCGGGCCGGGCGCGGCGGCGGGCGCGGGCGGGCUGGGCGGCGCGCUCACGGGCGAGGAGCUGCGGCUGGUGCGCGCCGUGCGGGCGCAGUACGCACGCAGGGGGGGGUUCGUGCGCAUCUUCCCCAGCCAGAACUCCUGGCAGAAGUACUCGCAGUACCUCGACCCUGUAACAGGCAUCCCGGUGUGCUCGACGUCCCUCAACAACAACGUGCCGUACGCCGUGGUCCAACACAACUACAACCUGCUGGUCCACUCGCACGUGCUGCCACACUUCCAGCACGCCACCGUCGCCACCAGCCUCACCGACACGCCGCAAAGGCUGAAGCGCUACGAGGCUGUGACGAUCACGUCGACGGCGCCGCCCAUCUGCCUGGGGACGGAGCCCUCGCAGCCCCACCACGACACGCGCCGCGCCAAGGAACUAGUUAAACGACAGCUUCAGGACGGCAUGCGACUCACCAUGGGCGAGGGCCGGCGCGCGUUCGGUCUGUUCCUGACGCACGUGCUGAAGCGCGUGUCGUCCCCCAGCAACGAGCUGGCCGUGGCGCACGCGGCGCUGGUGCUCAAGUUCCUCAAGCGCGCCUCCGCCAGCCUGCGCAUGCCUUACAAUGUAAAGACGCUGCAGGGUCCGCCGGCGAAGAUGUGCGACAAGGACAGAUGCGCGGUCAUCGCGAAGCAGCUCAACGACUUCCUCUACAUGUACUACCGCGAGACAGACCUGUACACCGACAGCGAGGACCACGACAACUGCGUCUCCAACAUACACUUCGCGCAGUUCCUCUACUCCGCCAGCGAGGCCGACUUAGAGGACGUGCUCCUGCUGCUGCUCCGCACGGAGGGCUUCGUGGUGACGUUCCUGGGGGACUCCCGCAACCCGUAUUGCGUGGACCUGCCCGCGCCGCGCCUGCUGGAGCCGCCCGCGCGGCACGCGCUGCUGCGGCACCUCGCCUGCCUCGCGCCCGUCAACACGCGCCGCUACAGGCCGUCUCCGGACACUGCAAGCCGCGUAGAAUCCGAAGACACACCAUCAACGGACACGGAGGCUCCGCCCCCGCCCUUCACGAGCUCGGACAUCGUGCUCAAAGACUCCAUGAAGGAAGAGAAGCCCCUCAACCAAGCGAGGGCCUACGCGCGCUCGUAGCAUCAGAUCCGGCGUAGCCGCUCCGAGCGUCGCGCUACGUAGCCGCGUAGCACGGCGUAGCGAUCGCUACGCUGCUUCAUCGAGUCACUAUUCGAUGUAAGCAAGUUUCGAUAUAAAAAGGUCAAACACAAUUUACGUCGCAAUACGAUGUCGUGUCGUGGAAAUAAACUAUAUACAAUUUUGAGUAAUAAAUACAUCAAACCCAUUUAAACUUGUCAACAUAAGCUCAAGACUAUAUCCCAAUUGGGGUAGUCAGUACAUCCAUCGCAAGAUGAACUAAGUACCCACACCUAACUGAGCUUUCUGUUAGACCAACGUGUACAGACAAUGAGAUAAACUUUUCAAAGGUACAUUGAUUUUGUAUCGCAUUAUACUACGAUUAGAUGACAAGUCAAACUCGGCGACAUCGUUUUCCACGACAGGACAGGUUAUGCGACGAAUUUACGACGUCUUACUGUACUCGUGUUUUGGCAACAUCGGACACCACAAUUGCUUGUUCUAAAUUCUGCAGUAUUUUACUCAAUAUAACGCCGCUAUGACAUAUCUUGACGCGGAGUGCGCUUGCGUAGGUCUACUCUAUUCCAUUAGGGUUAAACCACAUAUUACGAAACCUCGCUGCACUUUUUUAUACUUCUAUCCUUUUCCUGUUACUCAGAACAGUCAUUUGUUAGAGCGAGAGACAGCGAAAGCACGCGGCAUUCGACGAGGCGUUAGCGUGCGGUGGCUGUUUUUCAAUCUAGCAUAUCGUGGUCAGCCACGUAUUUCAAACCGUAUUUCAAACUGAAGUAUCUGCAAUAUUUUACUAGAGAAAAGUGUGUCUUAUUGACAAUAGCAAAAGGUGUAAAUCAGAUUCGCCAAAAUAUUCACAUACGUCAGUUAGUGACAUCAGCGACCAUAUCUUUUUCUGGAUAACUGAAAAGGAUACAAGCGUAGGAAAAUUCUAUACAUGUAACCAGGAGGUCUUAAGUGCAACCAGUUAAUUUAUUACUUUGCUAGAAACUGAUUGGACUUUUGCACCUUAUCGUACUUCGUAAGGAGAACGCGUACGCUUGGCAACUCCCGUCGAUAGUUUCUCUGAUCGUCCACCCAAAGGCAGUCUCUGUCUUCACUUGCAACUUUUUUCACAUUCCCGAGAAAUGCAUUUCCGAGUUAUGUGACCUAACCUGUAUCGGGCUGGUUUUCCCCGGGUUGGAAGGUCAGACAGGCAGUCGCUUCCGUAAAAAGCCGGACAUGUCAAAUCUUCAGGUUAGGUAAGCGGACCCUGUGAAAAACGGGAUAAUGAUUUGUAACAUUUUUUGAGAGCUUUCUUCUCCUUGCGGCUAUGCAACAUUGAUUAUACUGCAUUGAUUUCAAGUUUUAUCACAUUAUAAAUACUUUGAUCAUAUUUAUAAAUGCACAGUUCCAUACAAAAAUGAAACAAAAUAUCGUUCCCACGUCUAUUCUGAUAAACACCACUUUAAGUAUUUCGAAAAAAGUGAAAUCCGCUGAUCCGCUCAUUCGUUGUGAAUGGUUUCGCGCGGUUCCAUACUUACUGGUGUGUUUGAUUUUUCCGCGCGGUUUUCUUCUAGUAAUCUUUCUCCUACGUACUCAGUUGCAUUAUGUGUUCGUAUCGAAUAUUCGCCUUUAUUAGCAAUAACUCUUAAAUAAUGGGUGUUAUGUGAAUAGUUGUUUCAUGUUUACGCGAAUAUUAUCAUCAUUAAAACACAUAAUACCUGGUUCUUGCCGCUUUAAUAUCGGGAGUCUCAUAUCCCUGAUUUUAACGCGGUAAGAACCCGGUAUUGUGUUUU